AUUUCAGUAAGGGAAGGAGGGAGGAGGUGGAGCUGACCAAUGCAGAAGCAUUGUGGGAGAUGUAGUUUUAUUUUCUCGGUACCUACAAGGCCCAGGACGGCAGCAGUUGUGUGCCUGAUGCAGCAAUAAGCCAAGAAAGACUGUAAUGCAGGAGUGUGCUGCCUUUUUGAGUGAUGGACGUGUUUGGCAAUUUGAGAAACUGGUCUGGGCACCGAUGCAAAGUGGCUGGCCGGAGAGAAGUAGCAAAGAGCAAGUACUCUGAACAAGGAAGAGGUGAGGAACUGAAGCUGAAAGACAGUUGUCUUUCCCAGAGGCCAUGUGGUGAAUCCUCAGCUCAGCCGGGUCCUGAAAAGAAAAACUCUUUCAGCUUUUAGGCUGGAUUUCCUCUUCACAAACUGCCUCUGAGAAUAACCCACCUCUGCUGGUGUAGAAGACUAUCCCAUCCCUGGAUGAACUGGCUGGGCCAGUAAUGGCAAAUACAGAACUGGGCAGUGAGAAGGCGCCUGCUCCGGGAGAAGGGGAAGAAAACCAGAAACAGGGACUGCCCAGUGGUGAACAAAAUAGUCAAGAUGCAUUUGCUGGGAGUAGAGAAAAGGAGAGUGGGGCCAAGGUGAGGGGAGAGGACCUGAAGGAGAACCUGCCUCCACCCAAGCAACCAAGGCCGGCCAGUAGGGGUGCCUCUUGGGCCUGUCCAGAUGGCACAUUCGUCAAGCUGGUUCUGCAGAGUGGCACAGGGUUAGAUAAGCCUAAAGAAGGCUCCUUCUGUCAGGUCUUCAUUGAGGCUGAUCCUGGAGGACCCUUGAGUUACCCGGCCCACAGGUGGGCUGAGGUGGAGCUGGGCGGGGGUGAUGGCGAGUGGGAUGGGGUCAUAGACUGUUGCCUGGAGACGAUGCUUGCUGGGGAGCAGGCAGAAAUCCAGCUGACCGGAGGAGGCAGGAUGACUGUCCAGCUGGCAAGCUUCACAGAAGCCAAAGACUCCUGGGAAAUGAACGCCAGUGAGAAAUGGGACCUGGUUCUUGGCAACAAAGAGCGUGGCAGCGAGCUGUAUCGGGCAGGGGACAUUGGUGCUGCAGCGCGGCGCUAUGCCAAGGCCUUGCGCCUGCUUGUGGUGGCUGCCCCUCCCCCAGACUACGACCAAAUUAAAGCCGAGCUCCACGCCAACCUAGCUGCCUGUCAGCUCAGGCUGCGCCAGCCAGCCAACGCUGCUUGCAACUGCACCAAGACGCUGGCGCUCCAGCCAGCCAACACCAAGGCCCUAUUUCGACGGGGCUUAGCUUGCGAUGCCAUGAACGACCUGGAGGGGGCAGCCCAAGAUCUGAAGGGGGUGUUGCAGGUGGAGCCGGGGAACCGAGCUGCACGGCGGGAACUGGAAAGGGUGACUGAGCGGAUAAGGGCUCGAGAUGCCAAACUGGCCCGGGCCAUGCAGAAAAUGUUUGCCUGAAUAAAAAAACUAAGCAGU